AUGUCACCGAUCCUUCGUAAUAUCGUAGCUCUCUUACCUUUUUCUCUCACCUUUAAUGUCAUCGAUGAGCCUCAACAAGUUCUGGUUCAGGCUUCAUCUUACAAACUUGCUAAAUCCUACACUGGCAAAAGCUUCUUCGAUGGCUUCGAUUGGAAGACCUUCGAUGACCCUACACAUGGACGAGUGAACUACGUUUCCGAAACCGAUGCUAGAAACAAGAACCUUUCUUACGUCUCCGAUCACAACACAUUUGUCAUGAGGACCGAUUAUAAACACAAGGUUCAACCUGGACAACGAGGUCGAGAUUCCGUCAGGAUCGAGAGUAAAGAUACCUUCGGUAAUGGAAUCUUUAUUGCCGAUAUCCAACACAUGCCAGUUGGUUGUGGUACAUGGCCAGCAUUUUGGACCUCUACUACGGAUCAAUGGCCCAACGGCGGCGAAAUUGACAUCAUCGAAGGAGUCAAUGGCCGGGGCACCAAUCAAGGUACUCUCCACACUACACCGGGUUGCACCAUUCCUAAGAACGUCGAUGAAUCAGGUCAACAACUCAGCUCCGACUGCGCAGUCCACGGGAGCGAUAACCAAGGCUGUGGAGUCAAGGACAACCGAAGAGAUUCCUUUGGUCCUGCUUUCAACAAAAUCAGUGGUGGGUGGUACGUCAUGAAACGAUCAGACACGGGCAUCAAAAUGUGGUUCUGGCCUCGAGGUGGUCACGCUCCUGCCGAUGUCAGAACCGGCGCCGCCCAUGUCGACCCUGCCCAUUUCGGCAAACCUUUCGCCAACUUCCCUUCCACACAAUGCAACAUGAAGGAACAUUUCGGUCAACAUCGAAUCAUUUUCGACAAUACGUUAUGUGGGGACUGGGCAGGAGCGGUCUACGGUCAACAAGGAUGUCCUAGUACCUGCGAAGAUCACGUCAUGAACAACCCUGAUGCUUUCAAAGAUGCUUACUGGAAGGUCAGAGCAUUGAGAGUUUACGAAUUGAAGAGCCAGACAUCAGAGGAUGAGGAUGAAGCGGCUGUCAAUGAUGGUUACGAAUAUGAGUAUGAAGACGUCGAUUACUCUGUCGACGACAUGGUUGUGGUAGUUUAG